ACGUCAUCAGGGCUGCGCCGUAACUUCUCUUGUUGUUGUUUAACUGCAAAAAGAAAAGUUUCUAGAUACGGAAAAAACUCCAGAUGAAACGACUGAGAUCUGUGUGACAAACUGCUGUAAAGAUGGAGUUUAUUAAAGAAGAGAGUGAAGACAUCAGUAUUACACAAACAUGUGGAAUAAAAACUGAAGAACAAAGAGACCUGAUGGAGUUGAAAGAAGAAAGUCAAGAUCUGAAUGAAGAGGAGAAACAUCAGUAUCAGAUGCCUGUUGAUGUUAUUACUGGUGAUCAAUCUUUUAGUGGCUCACAGACUGAAGAAACAAAAUCCAAAAAAUCUUUCACUUGUUCUCAGUGUGGAAAGCAUUACACGUGUCAGGAAAGCUUGAAUUCUCACAUGAGAAUUCACGCUGAAAAGCCUCCUUACACAUGCAAUCAGUGUGAAAUGAGUUUCAAUUGCAAAAUAUACCUCCUUACACACAUGGAAAUUCAUGCUAGAAUGAAAUCUUUCAUAUGCAAUCAGUGCGGAAAGAGUUGCAAAGGUGUAAGAGGUCUUGAAAAACACACAAGUAUUCAAACUGGAGUGGAGUUUUAUGUAUGCUAUCAGUGUGGAAAGAGUUACACAAUGAAAAAAAGUUUGUAUCAUCACUUGGGACAUAACACUAGAGAAGGGCACUUAACCUGCCAUCAAUGUGGAAAGAGUUUCACAAAAAAAGGAAACCUAAAUGUCCACAUGAGAAUUCACACUGGAGAGAAGCCUUUUACCUGCCAUCAAUGUGGAAAGAGUUUCACAAAAAAAGGAAGCCUAAAUGGCCACGUGAGAAUUCACACCAGAGAGAAGCCUUUCAUGUGUCAUCAUUGUGCAAAGAGUUUCACAACGAAUGGAAGCCUUACAGUCCACAUGAGAAAUCACACUGGAGAAAAGCCCUUCACAUGCCCUCACUGUGGAGAGAGUUUCAAAUUAAAAAGAGACUUUAAUUACCACAUUGGAAUUCACGCUAUUGAGAAACGCUUUCAUGUGCCCUCAGAAUCAGAACCAGAAGGAGCUUUAUUGCCAAGUUGUCUCACAGACUCAAGGAAUGUGUCUUCAGUGACAGAAGCUUCCAGUACACCCAAACCCAAAAUAGAUUAUUCCUCUUGGUUUAGAGAAUAAGUUCUUUUGACAGAAAACACAAUUUCUACACUUAUUUUUAACAUAAUGGAGGAACAAUAUUUUCAUAUUACCCAAUUAAUUUGCCUCAAACAAUCAUCCAUGUGAUUAUCUAACCAGCCAAUCAUGUGGCAGCAGUGCAUUGUAUAAAAUCAUGCAUAUGCGGGUCAGGAGCUUCAGUUAAUUCACAUCAACCAUCAGAAUGGGGGAAAAUGUGAUCUCAUUGAUUUGGACCGUGGCAUGAUUGUUGGUGCCAGAUGGGUUUGAGUAUUUCUGUAUCUGCUGAUCUCCCAGGAUUUUCACACACAACAUUCUCUUGAAUUUACACCGAAUGGUGCCCAAAACAAAAAACAUCCAGUGAGUGGCAGUUCUGUGUAUGGAAAUGCCUUGUUGAAGAGAGAGGUCAACAGAGAAUGGCCAGACUGGUUAGAACUGACAAAGUCUACGGUAACUCAGAUAACCACUCUGUACAAUUGUGCUGAGAAGAAUAGUGCUGGGAUGAGAUGCGGGUUGGCACUGUUUUGGCGGCACGAGGGGGACCAACACAAUAUUAGGCAGGUGGUUUUAAUGUGGCUUAUGUGAUGCAUUUUUGCAAUUUGUUAGUAAUGUUUUAAAACUGUAAGGGUAACUAUUAAGAGUCUUUGGAGUCCAUCAAAAAUGGACUUAAGAGAUGCAGUGGUUGGUGAAGUGUCAUUUGCUGUUUGACACUGACACUGACAUUGACAACUACCAUCUGCAGUUGGUAGAAGUUUAUUCUUGGUGAAGAUGAUGCGGGCAGUGGUCCUCAAAGUGUUCCUCAUUGGCUGGUUAGUGGUCAUAGCUUUGUAGUAGUGGUGCAUGAGGCUGGACUCAAAGCUGGGACUGGCAGGUUCUGAUAACUUCGGGAUGGAAUUCUGAGAUAAAGACAGGGAAGCAAUUGACAAUGUUAACACAGAUGAUUUUCAUUUCAUUUUACAGCAGAAUAAUAAAUAUGUAAUGCAAGUACAGAUUGGGGAAAAAAUUGGGUGCACUACACAUGCACUACAAACCAUUUUUAUUUUGUUUACAAUUUAGUAUAGUGCUUUUAAAACUAUGGAACCUUUUAUUUUAUGUACUUUUACGAAAAUACCAAACUUGUAGUCAAAAAUCUCAUCUGUAUGAGUCAUGGUUCCAGCUGUGUCACAGCAGUUGCUCAGCAGUCAUUCCCCCAAAAGAAAGAAUGGUCGAAUUAGUAAACAUUUGAAUAUAUAGGCCUGGAAAAACUAAAAAAACUAAAUAAGAUCUCACCAAAUGUAACAAAAGAAUACCCAAACAAUGUAAGACACAGACAUGGGGAAAUGAGGGCUAUAAAUGCACGGAACUAAUGAACACAAACAAUAAACAUUUGGAAACUGUAUGGCAGGGAUGUAAUUGUAUUUCCAUUGUUGAUGUUGACCGCUGAGUCUUCUUGUCAUUCCCUUGGCAUAGGUCGGUUUUGAUGUGAUGGAGGAGUCAGGAUAGAUGACUUCUGCAAACAUACUAGUUGUAAACCUAUUUAUGUAGCAUGCAACAUCACUCACUGCUUGGCUGGUUGUAUUAUGCCAAAAGACUCUGAGGUAGAUUUGAUUGUUGACUGGAUAUUAUAAAUGUUUGAAUUCCUGAGACAGCAGACCUUGCUGUAGUAUAAUAUGAUUUGAAUCUAGGAAAAACCCAACCUUUUUAAUACUGGAAUUCCUCAACAUCAUAAAUUAACAGACCAAGCAUCAACUUCCUACUGAAGGCCAGUCUUUUGACAAUAAAAUAGUCAAGACACUCUAAACAUCCUAAUUUAACCCUCUGGGGUCUGAGGGUGUUUUGGGCCCUGGAGAAGUUUUGACAUGCCUUGACAUUUGUGCUUUUUUCAGUUGCUUAAAAACAUAUUAAUGGCUAAAGUCUGAUAACACUGUAUUCAGUACAAACUGGGCUACAAUAAUAUGUGAGCAACAUGUGUGUACAUGUUUGUAUUUAUGAGAAAAUAACAUUUAUGCGUGGUUUUUGCAAAAACAACAAUUUUAAGUCACUGAAAUAAGGCCAUAUAACACAUACUAAACAUUUGUCCACAAGACUUUUGAGAACUGGAUCUUGUAGCCUAGAGUUUUUGAUACAAAAUGAUGUGAAAAUCAUCCUGAUCACUCAUUCAUACAAAACAAUAUAGUCAUUUAACUUUUGUGUGACAAUUUUAGAGCUGAAUGGCAAUAUGCGAGGAGGCGUGAACGAUCAUGAAUAUUGAUGUGAUUCACACCUGAGGACACAAAGACCACUCCUCUGGGCCUAUCAAUGAGGGAUAGAGAAUGAAUGUGAGGAGACUUAAUGAUCAAAAUCAAGUUUUAAGUUAAAAUAAGUAAUCUGACUAUAUAUUUUCUUUACAUAAAACUACUUAAUUUUAGACCUACACUACCGUUAACAGAAGGCUCUUCUGCUCACAAAGACUGGAUUUAUUUGAUCCAAAAUACAGUUAAAAACAUUGUGUGAACUCAUUUUACUUCAGAAAUCAUUAUAAUAUGCUGAAUUUCUAAUAUGGGCAUAUUUAAAGUGCAUUUUACUCAUUUACACCUGAAGACAUAUUUGCAAGCACAAGCUUUGUUGAUGAUAACGAGGCAGCAUUAACAUGUUAAAAUAUAAUCUAACAUUCAUAUUAUUUUUAUAUAAUAUUACAUAUCAUAUUUAUAUCAUAUAGCAUACAAUGUAAAUAACAACAUUUACAUGUAACUAAAACUUGCCUAUUAGGACAUAUUUCAAAUGUCAAUACUUUGAGUCCUGUCUGGAAACAGCCCCGCUAGUAAAAUCUGUAUAUAAAUAGAAUGUCAGCUAAUGAAAACUAAUUUACUUACUCGUCCGAAAUUGUAUCCUCUGCUUGAUCAAAUCUCUCUUCAAAAUACAAAUGUUCAUCGGAGUCCCACUCUUCUUGUUAACUCAUCUUACAUCCAGGAGUUUACAAGCACGCAGAAAAGUUUAGUUGUGUUUGUUUACAUCAAAUCCCGCAGUCGGGGGCGUGUACUUUUCCCUUGAUCGUCUCAUUACAUUAGCGUAUGAAUGGCGCGCUCUGCUGGUGGGUGGGAUCACAUUAGAGAUAAUGAAGCUGAGCCAGGAAAACCGUACAUCGCUUUGUUUCAUACAGAUUACAUUGCAGGAGAAUAUUUGUUUUAAAUUUGAAUUGUUUUAUUUAAAAGUAGACAUUUUAAGCUUUCUUUAGACAUAUGUUUCAUGUUUGUGUGAGAAGAAUUCACGGAGUUUAAGUUCAUUUUAGUGACGUGUUUCUGAAAUAUGAUCGUGAACACAGAGACUGCUGAAAGCUCAACCUUUUUAUUUUAUUUAUUUAAAAAAAACACAAGGUUUUGAUGUUAAUAUGAGUGUACACAAAAAAGAAGACCCUCUAUAGUUUAUAAUCAUGUAUUGAUUUUAUUUAUAUGACCAUAAAUGACGGAGUAUUUUAAGUCUAUGUUGCUGCUAUGUGGAAAAAAAACAGCAAAACGCGCCGGCGCGUUUGCCGACCCCAGAGGGUUAAAGCGAAAAGGGUCAUUGGUCAGGAUGGUCCAUCAAAAAUGGACUGAAGAGAUGUCCUUCUGAACUUCCACACAGAGUUAAAGCAGACUUUUCCUUGAAAGGUGUCCAAAAGACCAUCAGAUUUGCAUGAUUUUAAAACUACACAUUUCAUCUUAAUCCAGGAACAUUCUACACAAAGUCACAGUACUUUACCGAUUUAACAUUAUAAAAUGUACAGAAUGCAUUUAAAUCCCAGAUUUAUACAAUACCUAAUUGUAUAAAUUCUGUCAAUCGCUUUGAACUGUGGUAACAUGUAUAACUGACAAAUUAAUGAUUAUAACCUGAUGUACCUCUGUAAGGCAUUGUCAACAGACUCCAUAAAGUUCAUUUUCACUGUUUCACUAUUUAACAUUCUGUCACUCUUCUCACCAACCUGUCUCAUGUGUAUAUAUAGAUUAGAUUUUAUGUUUAG